GUCUCCGCGCCGGCGCAGGCCGAUCCAGUGAUACAGUGCUGGAAUGAGCGGUGCAGCUGCCCGGGACAUGUCAGAGUAGAAACCUGCAGUCAGACUCAUUUCCAACACGUACUGCUUUCAACCCCUAUGCUGAAGAUGGGACAGUGCGGCAUUACCUCGUCAAAGACCGUCCUGGUCUUUCUCAACCUGAUAUUUUGGGCUGCCGCUGGUAUCCUGUGCUAUGUUGGAGCCUAUGUUUUCGUUACUUUUGAUGACUACGAUCACUUCUUUGAAGAUGUGUACACCCUCAUCCCAGCAGUGACCAUUAUAGCAGUUGGAGCCCUCCUUUUCAUUAUUGGGCUGAUUGGAUGCUACGCUACAGUGAGAGAGAGCUACUGUGGUCUUACAACGUUUGUUGUCAUUCUCAUGCUGGUUUUCUUGACGGAAGUGGCAGUGGUGGUUCUCGGAUAUGUUUACAGAGCAAAGGUUGAACAUGAAGUUAAUGUUUCUAUCAAGAAAGUGUACGAUGAGUACAAUGGCACCAACAGCAAUGCCCAGAGCCGUGCCAUCGACUACAUUCAGAGACAGCUUCAGUGUUGUGGCAUCCACAAUUACUCAGACUGGCAGAAUACACAGUGGUAUAAAGAAUCCAAAAACAACAGCGUACCCAUCAGCUGUUGCAAAAAUAACGUUGUAAGCUGCACGGGGUCCCUCACUCGCCAUGCAGAUCUCUACCAAGAAGGAUGUGAAGCUCUGGUUGUGAAAAAGAUGGAGGAGAUCAUGAUGUAUGUCAUCUGGGCUGCCCUGACAUUUGCUACCAUCCAGAUGCUGGGGAUGUUGUGUGCCUGUGUCGUGCUGUGCCGCAGAAGCAGAGAUCCUGCGUAUGAGCUUCUUAUUACUGGGGGCACCUAUGCAUGAAGGAAAACACAUUUCUCUCCAUAACAAUCACUUUCAGAAUAAACAUGUGUCUUUGGUGACAGCAUACAAACAAUCUAUUACAAAACUAACCCUAAUCACCAACCACACUUAGGUUACAUAUUUUACCUGUUUUUCCCAAAAAAGCUAUAGAUCAAAUUCUUUAAUGGUCACUGUAAAUGAGAUGUAGAAAGCAUUCUGUUGCUCUGAGGAUGGCACAAGGGCAUGACACCUUUUAUUGUAUACAAUGUAUGGAGUAAAAUGUGGACAGGGUCAUUUCCUCAUGUUAGUUUGCACUAUGUGUAUGGCUUACAAUAUUUUAUAUUUCAACCUAUCCUGUACUUCAAUGACAUUUGAAUUAAAUACGUUUACCUCCACGAUUACUACUGCUACUACCGUUCUAAGUCUACUACUAUAACUAUUAUAGCUCAGUUUAGUUGAAACCUCAACUUUUACCAGCAGUUUACUGUCAAGAAAAAAUCACCUCAACAGCCCAAGUCAGUCGCAAAUGUGUGCAUGCAGCUUUAUGGGUUUUUCCCCCCAUCAACAUUUGGGAUUUUUAGUAAUGUCUUCUUAACUCAAGCUGAACUUUGUCCUACAGCUGUUGUUUUUUUUUCUCCACAGUCCACUGAAGGUAGUUUUGGAAUUUUGAUUUGCUGUUCUGUAACAAUAGCGAGACUCAAGACUGUAAAUAAAAUGUUGGAAAAGUUUGAAAUGUA